UCCGCUAUCGUCACUGAUUGUCACGUACACUUCCGGUGUAAUGUUUGACAUUUCUGCCUUCUGUGCAUCGUAUUAUAGUAUUUGUCACUAUCGCAAGUAUUGCAAUAUAUAUUAAAUUAAGGAUUCAAUUACAAAAAUCAUGCUUGUGUUAGUCCUAGGAGAUUUGCAUAUUCCGCAUAGAUGUAGCAGUCUCCCGAGUAAAUUCAAGAAGUUAUUGGUACCAGGAAGAAUACAGCACAUCUUGUGCACUGGUAAUCUUUGCACAAAAGAAUCUUACGAUUAUCUCAAGACAUUAGCCAGCGAUGUACAUGUAGUCAGAGGGGAUUUUGACGAGAAUUUAAAUUAUCCAGAACAAAAGGUAGUUACUGUGGGCCAAUUUAGAAUAGGGCUUUCCCAUGGGCAUCAAGUAGUACCAUGGGGUGAUCCAGAAUCUUUAGCUUUGAUACAGAGGCAAUUAGAUGUCGACAUUCUUAUAUCCGGCCACACACAUAAAUUUGAAGCUUACGAGCAUGAAAAUAAAUUUUACAUCAAUCCUGGUUCAGCUACUGGAGCUUACAACCCUUUGGAUACAUCAGUUAUACCAUCAUUUGUAUUAAUGGAUAUUCAAAGUUCAACAGUGGUUACAUAUGUAUAUCAGCUGGUCGGAGACGAAGUUAAGGUAGAAAGAAUUGAAUACAAAAAGAGUUAGAGCUAAUAGAAUCUCUCAAAUAUGUCCUUAUUAUCAAAUAUCUCCUUAUGGACUAUCCACCAUUCAAUAAGAAUGCAAUUAUAUACAUCAAUAUUCGAUACAUCAAUAUUCGAAUAUCGGAUAUACUCUUGGAUUAAUUAACUAGCAUUUAAGUAAUUAUUAAAUCAUAUAUUUGUUGUAAAUAAAAUGAUAUCAAUAUAUUAUU